AUGGCUAGUGAUGGUGGCAACGGGUGUGUCAACUAUGUGGCCAACAAUCCGAGUGCGUUCAAAGAGGCAUAUUGGGAGGUCAACUAUAUCAAGGUGUUUGCUGAGACUGUUGUCGCCGACCCGACGAGUUCCAGCUCGAGUUCGUCUGUGAGCUCGACACGCAGUUCCACGUCAUCUGCGUCUUCGACAAGUGUUUCUCGCUCGUCGUCUUCUUCGUCGAGCCUUUCUACUUCGUCAUCGUCUUCUAGCAGCACGAAAUCUUCGUCGACCUCGUCGACCUCGUCGACUUUGUCAACUUUGUCAAGCAGCAUUCGUUCAACCUCGACAUCGUCUUCCACCAGCAGUAGACCCUCGACUUCAACAUCCUCCAGCAGCAUCAAGCCCUCAACUUCAACAUCCUCCAGCAGCAUUCGCUCCAGCUCAUCAUCAACUUCCUCCAAGCCUUCAACCAGCACCUCCAGCAGCAAGCCUACUACAAGCACUUCCAGCACCAAGCCCACCACAAGCUCAUCAAGCAGCAAACUAGUCACCUCCUCGACCAAACCAGUCUCCAGCUCUUCAACCAUCAAGCCAACAACUUCCUCAACCAAACCAAUUUCAACCUCCUCAUCCGUCAAGCCAACAACUUCGAGUAAACCCUCCAGCACCACCUCCUCAUCCAAAAGAUCCACUACAUCUUCAACCUCCUCGACUCGUAGAUCCAGCACCUCGAGCAGUUCCAGCGCGAAAACUGUGGUUACGUUGAGCACCAAGAAUGCCGGGAUCACAGUCAGGAGUACUGCUGUUGUGAAGAGCUCGAGCAGCAGUAGCAAGAAGAUUACUUCGACUAGCACUUCCUCGAAAAAGGUCACUUCGACCAGCUCUUCGAAAAAGGCCACUUCCACCAGCUCCUCAAAGAAGCCCAGCACCAGCAGCAGCAGCAGCAGCAGCGGCAGCAAAAAGACCAGCACUUCUACGAGCAGCACCAAGAAAGCGUCCACUUUGACGACUAGCACUGUCAAGCGCAGUACCACUUCUUCGAGUUCGUCCAAGAAGCCUACUUCUACUUCUACCAGGAGAGUGUAA